GCGAAAGGGUAGAUGUAACGGACAUUACGAAGCUCAAGCUCGAAGCUCUUCCAACUGCACUUAAAUCAGCCAAUGCUCCUUUCUCAGUAAAAAACCAUUUCUCUUCUUCUCGAUCUCCCCACUCCCCGCCGGACUUCGCUAUAUAUUUUCCCUCUUCUUUCAACUCAUCUAUUUCGGUCUGUCUUCUAUGGAGUCCUCCGCUGUUCUCCGAUCUUUUCACUGUUCCGUAGGGACUACUUCGCAGGCACGCUCCUUCCUUGAGAGGCCUAGUCCGGUACCUAUAUAUAAUGCCAGCUGGCCUAUUCCAAGUAAAUCGUGCAGCCAAGGCUUGACAGUUAGUGGGAAGCUUGUUUUUUCAUCUACAAAGCAGAAGGGAAUGGUAGUACUAUCUGCGAAGACGUCUGAAGCCAUGGAAACAUCUAAGUUCGAUGAUACUGUUGUCAAAGGCUCAUUGGAGGAGAAAGCUCCAUUCAGUGCUACUUUUCCUAACGAAUUAGAGGCACUGGUACUAGAGGUCUGUGACGAGACAGAAGUUGCUGAGCUGAAACUAAAGGUUGGAGAUUUUGAAAUGCAUCUGAAGCGGAACAUUGGAGCCACAAAAGCUCCCAUGUCUGGAAUUUCACCCGUUAUACCACCACCUAUUCCAACUAAACCCAUGGUUGAAUCAGCACCAGUUAUUCCAUCACCAUCACCAACAAAAGCUUCCAGUCCAUUUACAAAUGUUCCCGAAGAGAAGUCUUCAAAGUUAGCAGCCCUAGAGGCUUCUGGAUCAAGUGCAUAUGUCUUAGUAUCAUCCCCAACGGUUGGGUCAUUUAGAAGGGGCAGAACUGUGAAAGGGAAGAAGCAACCUCCUAUUUGUAAAGAGGGUGAUCUAAUAAAGGAAGGACAAGUAAUUGGAUAUUUGGAUCAGUUUGGCACUGAACUUCCCGUGAAGUCAGAUAAGGCAGGAGAAGUAUUAAAGCUCCUUUUUGAUGAUGGAGAAGCAGUUGGUUACGGAGACCCUCUGAUUGCCCUCUUGCCAUCGUUUCAUGGCAUCCAGUGAGCUCUUCCCGAUCAAUGGUGAUCAAUGGUGAUUCCCCAACGGAAUUUAUUAGUUGGAGAGCUGGUGAGGCUUGAACUUCGUUUUUUUUUUUUUCUAUUUUAAGGUCAUGCUAUUCUUUCCGUCUAAAGUAGCUAUGCUCAUAGCUAUUGACGUUUCUUGCGAUUUGUGUUGGAUGUAGUUAAACUUUGUUGUUUGAUGCA